AUGGAUGUCUUAAAAGCCAAGCUGGGAGAGAUGAACCCGAAGGUCAAUGCCGCAAUAUAUGCAGUUCUCGCAUUGCUCCGCUGGGAUGAAGGGACGGGGGUGCAGCGGCGGUCGUUGGAGGCGUUCAACAGUGCAGCAGCAGCAGCAGAAGCAGCAGCAGCAGCAGCAGAAGGAGCAGCAGCAGCAGCAGCAACAACAGAAGCAGCAGCAGCAGCAGCAGCAGCAGCAAGAGAGAUAGAAGCAGCAGCAGAGAAGGUGCUUGCUGCUGAAGGUGUUAAAUCGACGGAAGCCAUACGCUGCGCUACAAAACAGCUGGCUCUCGGAUUCAACAAACAGUUCAAUGCAGUAGCAGCUGUCGUUGGCGGCCUCCUGACUCAAGAGGUGAGAAAGUAUAUAACGAGGGAGCAGAAGGCCGUCCCCAAUGUGGUUGUUUUUGAUGCUCUUACAUCCUGCGGGGCAGUAGCCAGGGUCCCCCCCAAACCCUAA